AGGGAGCACGGCUACAUUACCAACACACACAUACACACACUGGUUACAUUACGCUGUGGAAGCGGUGCGGGAGCAGUGGGAAGUCGGGUCCACGCGUUUUUCCACUCUUGCCUUCUUUUUUUGAUUGUUUUCUGUGAUUUUCUUCUUCUUUUUGCUUUUAUCCCUCCUCCGACGAGCAGCUUCGAGGAUGUAUUUUUAAGCAUCACGGCGUCUCGCUGCGUUGCUUGUCGCCCAAGUAUUUGCUUGUUUUAAAAAACCCCAACAACAACUGCGUUUUCUUCCAUUUACACAUCCAUCACUUAAUUUCUUUUCCCUUUUCCUCGUCUUACUUCCCCCCUCCCUCCAACCUCUCCACACGCACACUGAAGGACGCUCGCAGCUUCGUCUCCGGGACCACCGAGGAAAUAUCUUCUCUCACUUUUCUAAAUGUACUUUUUCACGUUGAGUCGUUUUUACGGGAACGCGGCGGUCGUCGCGUGCUGACUUCAAACAGAAAAAAAGAAAGAAAGCGAGAGGGGAGAAAAAAAGAUGGUGAUGAGAUUUUAACUCGUGGUUUGUUCCCCCUUUUUAUGUUUUCCUCAUGACAUUGAGGCGUGCACUGGACUUCUCAUUCCGACCGCUUUGCAUCUCACUUUUUUUUAGUGUGUGAGUUUCAAGCUUAGUUAAACUCUCGCGACGGAAAAAGAACAGAAAAGAAGUGAAAAAACAACAACAAAAGGACGCCGGCAGCAGCCUCGCGCCUCCUGUUGCUUCAGUAAAAACACACCGGCAGUGUGCUCGCACGCCGCUUCCUCUCCGGGUGACUCUCCGGUGUGACACAGGGGAGGAGGUGGAGGGGGGGAAGGCAACGGUCCCCACUCCGUUUCGGUGGGAGUUUUUUUUAUUUUUCCUUUUUCAUCUUUCCCCCUCUCUAUUUCUGUGUAGUUUCGGGGCAGUGGUGGCACGCGUUGUUGUCUUCGGUUUUCUCGGGGAAGCGAAACACUUUGUGAAAAAAUGCCCCAGUUAUCAGGCGGCGGAGACCCGGAGCUUUGCGCCACAGAUGAAAUGAUCCCGUUCAAAGACGAGGGGGACCCGCAGAAGGAGCAGAUUUUCGCCGAGCUGAGCCACUCGGAAGAGGAAGGGGACCUGGCAGACAUCAAGUCAUCUCUGGUCAACGAGUCGGAAAGCAGCCCCAACAGCCACGACGCAGCUAGACAGUCCCAAAUACCGCAAGAUUCAUAUCAUGAAAAACACAGAGACCAUCCGGAAGAUGGAAAGCAUCAAGACAUGUACAGUAAAGGCCAUCCGUACCCGGGCUACCCAGGUUACAUCAUGAUGAGCAACAUGAACACUGAUUCCUACAUGAACAAUGGCUCCCUCUCGCCGCCCAUGCCCAGAACGUCCAACAAAGUCCCCGUGGUGCAGCCGUCUCAUGCAGUCCACCCGCUCACCCCCCUGAUCACGUACAGUGACGAACACUUCGCUCCAGUGUCCCAUUCUGGCCAUCACCCCCAGGAUGCCAACAACAAACAAGGAAUGCCCAGGCAUCACCCCGGACCAGACAUGCCCAACUUCUACUCCUUGUCUCCUGGAGGAGUGGGGCAGCUCACAUCACAGCUGGGAUGGUUCCCGCACCACAUGGUGCCAGGUCCCCCAGGUCCUCACGCCACAGGAAUCCCUCACCCGGCCAUUGUCAACCCACAGGUCAAACAGGAGCCGCCUCAUGACGGUGACAUCAUGCACAUGAAGCCGCAGCACGAACAGAGAAAGGAGCAGGAGCCCAAAAGACCGCACAUCAAAAAGCCGCUAAACGCCUUCAUGCUCUACAUGAAAGAGAUGCGUGCGAACGUGGUUGCCGAGUGCACGCUGAAGGAGAGCGCCGCCAUCAAUCAGAUCCUGGGACGAAGGUGGCAUGCUUUAUCUCGAGAAGAGCAAGCUAAGUAUUACGAGUUAGCCCGCAAGGAACGGCAGCUCCACAUGCAGCUCUACCCAGGCUGGUCCGCUCGAGACAACUAUGGAAAGAAGAAGAAGCGGAAGAGGGAAAAGAUGCAGGAAUCGGCCACAGGAGGAAAACGCAACAGUUUCUCCACAUGCAAAGCAAAGGCAGCAGCUUCAGGCCCUCUGCUAGAGAUGGAGGCCUGUUAGAUCCCAUGAAGACCCUUAAAUCUCCAAAACCGAAGCCUCCAGUUCUCAGAGAAACCCCCACAGCACCCCACAACCCCCCCGUCGAUACCCUGCCUAACCCUACCCGCUUUCCUUUGCCACCAUCACAUGCCACCGCCGUCACCAGAAUCACUGUUUGACUCUACUUCCUCCCUAAAGGCGCCUGCUGUAGAGACACUGAACCGAACUGACCGAGACAAUCAUGAUUAUAGUAGGAGCACCCUCACGUAACCGUGCCGUCUCACUCUGAAAGCAUCGAGUUAACAUCUGUGUGGUUAUUUUCAUUUAAAUAUAUAUAUUUUUUAUUUUUGUUUCGUCAGUUUUCCUUUUCAAUGUUGGCUUUACUGCAAAUCUGUGGCACUGCACUGAAAAAUAGCAGCAAUUGUGAUGUGUGCACAAAUGCCCCCCUCCCCCACUCUGCACUGCCCGUAACAGUCAAAACACCUGCUACUAAGUUAUUCUAAGUUAUUUUGCCACCUCUUUUUCCCCUUUGUGUAGUUCAUUAGGCUGUAAUUUACUUCCCCGCCCCUUGUGUUUCUCUCACUGGGUUUUGUUUUUUUUUUUGUUGUUGUUGUUGGUUUUUUUUUUUUUUUUUGAGAGACCAUUUUGGGGGUUUGCCACCACCCCCCACCCCUCCAUCCCUGACUGACCAAACACCUCUUUCUAGACUGCACUAAGGAAGAUGGAGGGAUCUCAUCUUGUCCAAGAAACGCCCUCAAGAUUUCUAGUUCGUUGCUGACGACCAGUUGGUGCAAAAAAAGGAUCAACAUUUUGGAUUUGCUUUUCAUUUUAGACUGAAUAUAAUUUUUGAAUGCCUUUUAUUUGUAUCCUGAACCCUUGUUCAGUUUCUUGGUGUAUAUUUCUGUGAUUAUUUUUCCCCUUUGUUUAAUAUGGUUUUUGUUUUUUGUUUUUUAUAUAUAUAGUGGUAUAUAUGAAAAUAAGCUUUGGACACAGGAAAGCCAUUUUUCUUGUUGAAGCGUCUUGCAGAAAAUUGAAACUUAAGGCUUCUUUUGAUAACUAUUUGUAACAAAUAGUGACCUCGAGUCUUGCUCAGAUGUAAAAUAAUGCUCAGUAUGUGUACUUUUUAAACUGUCAGGAUUAUGUCAAUUUUCUUGGUAUUUUUGCAGGCAACAUUAGGACAAAGGCGAGAGUGACAGCUCAGAGGCCUAUAUUUUAUUGUUCUAAAACAUGACAUAUGAAGCAGAAAUAUAUAUUUACCCCAGCACUUGACAGUCUGUCUUUUAUUGCAAUGGACCUUUUUGUCUUUUCUCUCUGGUAGCUAAUAGUGUGGUCUUUAGCCAUGUUGUUUAUUCCAUGCAAACAUCUCUGUAACAUCUUGAUUUUAAUGCUCUAUUUUUAGUAUUACUUGAUUAAUUCCUUUUUUUUCUAAAGUCUCAUGUUUUAGGUCACUGUCAUCUUGGUAUAGCAUUUUUUUUCUUUGCUUCCCAAGUGGUCAUAUUUGAACCGUUUCAACAUGUUUUGUUUUUUUUUGUUUUGUUUUUUUAAAGAAAAACAAUAAAAAGGCACCAUUGGCUCAUUUGAUCACUUGUGUGGUGGAAAGACCAGAGCUAGAUGUGCCAGAUGUAACAUUCUGUGUGUCGUCAUUGGAGCGUGCAGUUUUAGCACUCGCAGGCAGCAGUGACACUCGGUGGUGUGACACGGAUAAAACAUGACAUCGCUUUGCUUUUGCGUUGGAGGAAACUUAUUAAAAGGCUUAAAGAAGCUGACAAGCAACAAUAUUGGGACUAAAUUUAUGCAGAAUUGCAGUGCUGUGUAAAAGUCUUGAACAACUCCUUAAUUUCUUUGCAUUGUGAUAUGAAAAUGGGGAAAGAGGUCUAGAGACUUACUGAAAGUUGUGCAAAGAAACAUGGAAAUGUAGUAUAUAAAUUAAACAGAGUUUGUACAGUUCUAACAAGCUUGAAAGUCCAUAUGUGGCAUGGCCAUCUUUAUACUUCAGUACUGGCUGAACUGUUCCUUUUUCCUGACCUUAUAAUGUGGCACACCUCAGCCUUUUAUUCCCAUUUCCCCUAAUAGCUGCUCUUCCACUGAGACCAUUUCUAAAGAGGGUUCAGUGAACAGUAACAGUAACUGUUUCUUAAGGAAGUAGACGUUCAUCUGCUCUAGUUUUUUAUUUAUGUAUGUAUGUAUGUAUGUAUGUAUGCCUGCCUGCCUGCAUGCCUGCCUGCCUGCAGGCAUGCACGCAUGCCUGCCUGCCUGCCUGCCUGCCUGCCACUUCUUCUGUUCUUCCUCAAAUCCUUGAAGGACACACUGCACACCAUGCUGUGAUAUGCCAGGUUUUUGGCUAACAGCUCUCUGGCUAAGAAAUCACCUUGUUAGUGCAAAAAUUCAAUUUCUUGUUUGUCAAACUUUGUCCUUUUUUUUUUGUGUGUGUAGAUCUGACUAAAAAUAAUGGUAACAAAUUAUGUGUUUUUCCAGCAAGCUGCUGAUAACAGCACAAAAAGAUGCUUUAAGUCCCUAAAAAUAGUAUUUUAAAUUGGUAAUUUGCCAACUAUAACAGGGACCUCUCUUGACUUAAGAUGCCAUUUAUGGUUGAAUGACUCAAUAGUCAGUGUUAAGUCAAUUAACAAACAAACAAAAGCAUUGCUUCGAAAAUGACCAAGUACAAAGAUUGGAUCAAAAAUGGCUGAAAACGCAACCAAUGUUCAAAGAAAAACUUUGAAAGACCUUCAGAAAGCCUGAACUAUUGUUCAAGAGCACUUAAAACAAACAAACAAACAAGCUAGAAGAUUCUUGGAAGCUAAAUAUAAAGAAAUGAGACACAAGACUUUUGAACAGUACUGUAUAUUAAAGUAGUAGUGCUAGCAGUGCUGCUGUGAAAAUAUAAUCUUGGAGUAUCUGAGCCUUUAAAGAAGAACAAAAACUACAGUUGAGUAACAAGUUUCCAGAUGUAAAAAUUGCACAGUUAUCGGAUUUAACAGUCUUCAGUUAAAACUCUUAUGGUGAUAAAAUUAAUUUUUAAAGUAAAUCGAUCCCUUUGAUUAAUUUGAAAUGUCUUAAAUCCAAAGAACCGAAUUGUGACCCUGCAGUCUCAUCAAGGACCAUUUCAAGUGAAACAGCACCACCUUGUGUUUGUGUUGGGUUAACAAGACAUGGAAAAGAUUGAGAAUGUGUCAAGUGCAUUAUGACAGCAUCUGCAAAGUAUUCAUUUUGUGCUCACAAUUCAUUUGAGUUUAAAAUGGAUAAAAACGUCCACAGUUUUAUGUGAAAGUAGUCUUUUAUUUGUACAGUACUUUUCAAAACAUAGCUACAAGAUUAAAACAAAAGAUGUGAAUAACAGAAUACAUGAAUACAAUAAAAUACAUUUGUGAAUAAUAAAAAUAAGGGAAUGACAGCAAACCCACGUAAUCACUAAAAGCCUAAAAACAGUUAACUGUGUAAGAUGUAGCCAGUGUAGUCUGGCAGCUGUCACUGGCCACUUUGUUAGGUACACCUGUUCAACUGCUUAUUAACGCAGAUCUGCACAUUUAUAAUCUGCCAAUCACAUGGCAGCAACUCAGUGCGUUUAACCAUGUAGACACGGUCAAGUUGCCCUACUGUCGCUCAUACCGAGCAUCAAAAUACAGAAGAAAAGUUAUUCGAUUCUAGAGUCUCCCUGAGUGUUGCUGCUGACACUGUUAGUAUAGCCAUCUUUGGAUGGCCAUUUCCAACAUGAUGAUAGGCCAGAUCAUCUCAAGCUAGUUCCUUCAACAUGACAAUGAAGUCACCAGAUCUCAAUCCAGUAGAGCACCUUUGGGUUGUGGUGGAGCAGUAAUAUAGCCCACAAGUUUUGGUCGAAUUUACCAACAUUUACUUUGUAUUCUGAUAGCAUAAUUUGUGCCUCGAUUCUUUUAAAAUACACUGUAGAUAACCAUUUCUUGCAAAAACACUGUCAUUUAUUUCUCCUUUGAAAACAGUUAUCACUCUGUUCCACUGUACUUACAUUUAUAGGUAUGAAUGGGAAUUGCUGUAUUAUAAAACACUAAUAAAUU